UUAUUAUUUUGCGCAGAUGCCGUGUAAUUGAAAUUGUAUGUCAAUUACGUGGGAUAUUUGCCAAAGAGACUAAGUAACCGCAAACUUUGAAGAUACGAGCAAAUCUGUAUUGGAUUGCAGUUCAAUCUUCCGAGAUUUUCCCCGCCGAGAAUUGUUCCUCUUUAGUGCAAAAAAGGGUGCUGCUUCCGCAUGUUUAUGCACCCUCGUCGUCGUACAAACUUGAACGUUUUGAUUUGCUUGUACAGAUUUUUACGCGAACGGCCCAUCCGUUUUAUUUCCGAAAGAAGGGCAUCGUGAGGGUUAAUUCCAAGCGUGCAACGCUACCGGGAAGCCUACGCUUGUUCCUGGCUUGUAUAUUCAUGUCCGAUUGCCAAUAUUCAGUUUGUUACUAUUACUGCACAAUGCACGUCGUCUUUUCCUCUGCCGGCGGAAUUAUCCCUCUCAUACACCUACCACCGUACGUCGAGUAUCCCACGCAAAAACGUGGGAUGUGUUAUUAAAAGAGAAAAUUAGACAGUGCAAUGCCGGAUGCCAGCAUUCCCGGCACUUGUUCCGUUCUUCCCAACGCGAAUAAAACGAGGAUGAUGGUGCAGCUGCACCCUUAUAAGCUUAAUAUCAUUGCGAUUUUAACCGAACCCGUCCACAUUCAGGAUAGUUUUCAGGGAAAUAAUCUCUGCAUGAACGCAAGCAUUAUGUUUUCGUCGCUUUCUAGCUUAAUCUUCGUGUACCUACAGACAGCCGCACACGUGCGUCAAUUUCGUUGACCGACUGUUUGUCCCACGCCUCCCAUUCCGUCGUCAGGCUCCAUUUUCAUUCAUAUUUGACAGAAAUGACAGUGGCUGCUUAGAAACACCAUGUUCUGCACAUCCCAUGCAGUUAAUUGCGUUCGGAUGACCCUUGAUAGAUGAGUUAAAUGGUGUACUGUUUUCUGACUUUCACUGCGGUAGAGUUUUUGUUCCGAUAUAAACUACGCAAUGCCAAAUCUUAGCUACAACACCUUGCUCAACCGUACCGAUGUCUGGACCAAUGGUUCGAGGUCAAACGAUACCGUUACGCUUCUUCCUUUCGGCUGGAUUUUUUCGGUGACAAUCGGAGCAUCCACCAAUGCCGGUAUCUUGGCCAUGGUCCUCUUCGCCCAGCGUCACGUCUCCACGUUCAAUGUCUACCUCAUUAACCUGUUACUGGGAAAUCUGUACCACAAUGUACCACGCCCCUUAAUGCUGCUUCUCAUGACGUAUAUUAGCUCAAUGCGGAGAAGUCACACGUGCUGCACGUUAAUGCUAUACUUUCAAGGUUCGUCCAUGACCGUGCUGAGUUUAUCGCAUCUGCUCAUCACCAUCAACCGGCUGUGGGCGGUGUUCUCCCCGUACUCAUACCGUGCGAAGCAUACGCGCCGUCUGGCCAUCGGAUUAUGCAUCGCCGUCUGGCUCAGCGCCAAUACAUCGCAGAAUGCCGCGCUGAUAAUGGAUGUGCUGUACUAUCGCGAGAAGACACCCUUCCUGACCGGGCACUGUUACCUGCACAGUAAAUCCAUGAAGGAACUGACCGCGGUUAACUAUACUGUAUUUUGGAUCGUACCCAUGUUCGGGAUACUGAUCGGCUUCUGCGCUGUCUGGUAUGUUCGACGACAAUUUCUCCGCCGCAUCGAUGCAAUGGUUCCAUCUAGCCAGAUGACCGAUGCGCCGCACAGCCGCAGUGAAGCGGGAACUAAACCCUCCAAAAAGACCACAGAUCGCAAUAUCUACCGGACGUACUUUUUCAUGACUAUGUGGACGAUCGUGUGCUGGCUGCCCAUCGCCGUAGCACAGGGUCUGGCGACCUUCAGCCCGGUGUCGCAACAAACGGCGGUCAACGUGUUCCAGGUGUCAGUGUUAAUUUUUUACGUGGAGACCAUCGUGGAUCCGAUUCUGCUUUUAUGUGUUAAUAGAGACUGGAAGAUGCGCGUAUGCCGGCGAUUCUGAAUACGCGAGUACUCGUAAACUGGAUAGCUAAACAGUCUUAUACUUUGUACGAUUUGCUGCAAGACGGCAUUUGGAACCUUUUGAAAUGACAGGUGUUGUGAACGGCAUCAAGUUGUAAACUGUAGCUGUUAUUUGAUUUUAUUCCGAGAUCUUCGAUCUGCGCAGUCACCGCUUUAUAUACGUACUAUUUAAAAUCAUGGCACGGACGAUUG